AUGGCCGACUCGUCAAACUCCAACCUUCGCUAUCUGAUCCUCACCCCGGACAACCCUUGCAACACCACGAUUACCGACCAAGAGACGGGCGAGAAAGUCUACACCGUCAAGACUGAACACCCCGACCACAGCUACACCAAAGUCACCCGAGUCAGCGAUGGUGAACUCAUUGCAUCUUGGCAAUGGCGGGAAAUCCGAUCGGACCUCCUUACGCUUGGAAAGGCACCCCCUGUUUCGUCCAGCGGAUGGCUAAGAAAGAGCAAGAUUCCAUUCGUACACUCUGUCUACUUCGACGAUGACCAGAAGAGGGAGUACACAUGGAAGGGGAAUGCUCCUGGCGAGACACUCGAGCUCUAUACCAAGGGAAAGAAAAACCCCAUCGCGCAAUUCAAGAAGCAAUUUCGAUACACGGACCGGAAGCAAACGCCUCCUCAGGAGGUGAACAUCCCCGCCAAAUUGACCCUGGAUCCUCGUGCAUUCGAGAUUCAGGACCUCGUGGUAAUCUCUUUCCUCCUCCUUGAGAAGGAAAGGAGAAUCAGAGAUGCAUCUGCGUCGCUUAUGGCCGACUCGCUUGCUGUACCCGAUUUCAAUGGUGAUUAUGGUAGCGGCCGCCAGCCACGCAAAUAG